AAGUCAUCUACGUCGGCAUUCAUAUACGUUUCGUCAGUAUUCAUUCACAAUCAAGACAGUACGGUCAGUAAAAUAAUAAUUCGAAAAUUUUCAAAUCUUAUAAGAAGCGUAAAGCGAAUAACUUGUUUUUGAAAUACCAAUGGGGGAGGGCGAAAAAAAGGCCUUCAGAUUGUUUCUGCGGGAGUACAUUAAAGUGCAUCCCGGCAUGGAACGAGAAGACUUAAACUGGAAAGGAAUCAAUGCGUGGGGCAGGCUGAACCCUUCGCAAAAGGAGAUGUUUGUGGAGAAAUCUACGUUUGAAGGGCCAAAGGAAGCGAAGCCCAACGUCAUUCAAGUACCUCCCCUCGAUCCUAAUGGUAAUAAAGCAGAAAAAAAUGAAGAUCCCAAAAAUCCAAGUCUCGAUCUCAAUGUAAUUCCUAAUUAUUUCCGUAAUCUUAUUCCGUACCUCAAUGAUGUUGAUCCGGAGGAAAUACCCCAAAAAGAGGAAAGUCAGGUGCAGAAAAAGGUAACUAUACCUCGUAUCUCCAUCGCCGCUGCACGUAAAAGAAAACAAGCAACAAAAAAACGGGCAACAAAAACAAUCAAGAAGAUAGCCGAAAAAGGGAAAAAAAGGGCAACGAAAAAGUCUCCUAAGAAGUUGCCAAAAAAGAAAAGAUCGCCUAAAAAGGCACAAAAAAGGGUACCGAAACCAACAUAAAAUAAGGAAUAUUGGGGAAAGAGAAUAUGGGGGAUUUCAAGAAGCCUGCGAACCCUAACAACUGUAAUGUAACCAAACUUUUUAUGGGACUUCUAUGAAUAUGCGGAUUUGGGAGAUUACUUUAGGACUCGUGACUUGUAUUUCUACAUGUAUUUGGGCCAAUCUAAAAUUUAAAUUAAAAAUUAAAUUAUAUGUAAA